AUGGCUGAACGCAGCACAGUUCAUGUGAGCGAAAGUGCAUUGCCCAAUCACUGCUUCCUUACAGAAACUGAAAUGGAAAGCAUUCCAGCUCUCAGGGAAGUUCCAAAGACCGUUUGGGCUUCUUCUAAAUAUGACGUGGGGUUGAUCAAGAAUUGUGACCCUAUUCAAAUUAUUCCAAAAUCUGAUUACAGACCAUGCAAACCUCAAUAUCCUUUGAAAAGGGAAGCUAUUGAGGGAAUCAAACCAGUUUUUGAAGCAUUGAAAAAGGCUGGAGUGAUUGUGGAAUGUGAGAACUCUCCUGUGCGUACACCCAUUUUUCCUGUCAAAAAGAUAAGAGACGCAGACCAGCCAGUUGAGUGGAGGUUUGUGCAAGACUUGCAGGCUGUAAAUGAUGCAGUUCAGACACAGGCUCCUAUUGUCCCCAACCCGUACACACUCCUAUCACAAAUACCAGGUGAUGCUGAAUGGUUUUCGGUUGUUGAUCUUUCCAAUGCUUUCUUUUCUGUGCCGGUUCAUAAAGACAGCCAAUUUUGGUUUGCUUUCAAUUUUAAUGGCAAACCUUACACUUUUACUCGACUUUGUCAAGGAUUCAAAAAUUCGCCUGUGUUGUUCGGCGAGGCACUGAAGAGAAGUUUGGAAACAUUACAAUUGACACCAGGGUCAGCUUUAAUUCAAUAUGUCGAUGAUCUCUUAAUAACAGCCAGAGAUGAAGAAACUUGUACACAGGACACUGUAAAGCUGUUGAAACAUUCUCUUGCAGCUAUGCAGGGUUUCGCAACACCAGAAGAGAAAAAACAAUGGGUGAAGGCCGAGUGCAAGCUGAAAGACAACUGGGUGGAAGUUUUCCCCACAUCUAAGCAAAACGCUGGGGCUGUUGCAAAGGCACUGGUGUCUGAGAUCGUCCCAAGAUGGGGAAUACCAAAAAAGAUUAGUAGUGAUAAUGGCACACCUUUUGCUAAUGAGGCAAUCGAUCAGAUCUCUCAACAGGUCAAGGACGCUCUACCUAAGCCAGCAGAGGGAUUUCUGCAUGACAUCAGACCUGGUGAUUUUGUGGUGGUCAAGGAUUUCAGAAGGAAACAUUGGAAAUCAAGGAGGUGGAACGGCCCGUUCCAGGUCCUGCUGAUAACGCACACUGCGGUUAAGGUGGCUGAGAGGGCUACGUGGAUACACGCCAGCCACUGCAAGAAGGUCCCACCACCACCAGAGGGAGACCCAACCCAAUAA